CAUGGCGGAAGAUUCRAGUGGAAAGCUCUGAUAAUGUUUACAAGUCAAGACUACAUUGAUCGCAAAACUGGUGCUGAUGGAUUUGGCCGAUUAGAGUAUCUUCAAGCUUUAAUUACAGAGUACCAGGACACAGAAAGACGUGAAAGUAAAGAGCAAGUUCUUGCCAAUUUAGCCAACUUCGCUUACGAUCCRAUAAAUUAUGAACAUUUUAAGAAACUAAAUAUAGUGGAUCUUUUUCUAGAUGCAUUGACAGAGGAUAACCAGAAGAUUGUCGAGUUUGGCAUAGGAGGGAUAUGUAACUGUUGCCUUGAAAAAGAAAACAAGCAGCAAAUAAUCAAGCAUGGUGGAGUUGCUCUUGUAAUUAAAUGUCUAUCAAGUGAAAAUGAUGAAACAGUGUUGUCUGCUAUCACAACUUUGAUGUUUUUAGUAACUCCUGAAACUAAAAAAGACAUCACCAAUGAAGCUGUGGUGCAGYMCAUGAAGGAGUUUUCAAMRUCAUCCAAUGCAAGACUUAGUAAUUUGGCAAAGAUAUUCCUUAAAGACUACUGUAACAUAAUAUUAUGAUAUUUCCAUGCUGGUUGAGGCAAGCAAUGGAGCAAGAUAUACAGCCAACAAUACUAAUAUUUAUAUACAGACAGUUAGAAUUAUAAUAAAAACCCUGAAAAACUAUA